UUACAUAUUACAUAUGAUUUAUGACUAGGUAUGUACUUGAUCGAUAUCGGAUUGGGACGUAACACAAACUAUACAUUAGCUGCAUACUUUAGGCACAUUAGUUAUAGGGCUUCCAAAGUCACACAGAAAUAAAAUCGAUAUAUAAUAGCAGCGUUAUAUAAGUAUAUAUACCCAAAGUACUUAAAUACAUCCCAUAAUCAACGAUCUAGCCUCGGGGGUCAUUGUCAAACACCCCCACUCACCUACCCGCCAAGUGAGCAACUCUACCGGGUUACUGGAACCUUCACCUCCUUACCUUAUAAGUUUAUCCCAACGACAGCAGGGCUUGCUGUACUACAGCGAGCAUAUACCUGGUUUAGUCAGAAAUACCCACGUACGUAACUUAGGUAUUUUAUACGCUACCUACCCUUGUGCUACCUAGGUAUGUAUACCGAAGCAAUAUCGAGUUAUGAGGUCAUGUAUAUAUUCAUGUAUAUAUGUACCAUCUAUAUCUGACUCUGCCCUUGUAUCUCGGUCUCGAUUUGAUCCCCAUCCCUACGCUGCACCUACACUGCACGCACAUAUGCAUGCAUCAUCUAAAUGCACGCCCCCCCACCCCUCCCCCCUCCCCUUGACUUACCCUGUACAAUACAUAUUAUCCUUACUCUGCCUAGAUCCAGCACCAGCAUCAAGCAACUUACACGCCAACCAACCAUAGGCUCGCGCGCGCACCACCAUGCAGCAGCAGAAGCAGCAGAAGCAGCAGCAGCAAGAACAAACGCAGAAACCUGAUCCAGGCUGUGCAGAAAGUGAAAGUGGGAUGGAACAGCGGCUAGACCGCGGCGAAAGCAGCGAUGAUCCCGCACAUCUUAGCGCCAGCAGUAACUCUUGUUCUGCAUCUACCGUUACCGUUGCCGACGGCACCGUGCCCAGAGAAGCGGUCACUCUGGACUGUCUGACCGGUGGGCAAGAGUCCCACCACCACCAACAAGAUGUCCGGCUUCAACGCCAGCCGAUGCACGACGCUACGCCCUCCACCUCCACCGGUUCGCAUGGCGCGGCUAUACGAGACGGACAAGACCACGUUUCCUCAUCAACUGGUGCUCGAACUAACUACCCCAGUUCCAGCCCUAACGCUGACACUGCCGCUGCUGCUAGCGCAAUGGGCGCGAAUUCCGCCGAGUCCUACGAGCAGCAGCAUGUGCAUAGCGUAUACGAGACUAUCGCGUCGCACUUCUCUGCUACGCGGUACAAGCCCUGGCCCUUCGUCGCAUCCUUCCUGUCGUCGCUGCCCCCCGGCUCCGUGGGUCUAGACGUCGGCUGCGGCAACGGCAAGUACUUGGAUGUGAACCGGGACAUCGUGAUAAUCGGCUCGGACCGUAGUGCCAACUUGGCACGGAUAGCCCAAGACCUAAAAACCAAGGGGACCAAUGGUGGUGCCGACGUAGUAGGCGUCGCAGACGGACUAGCGCUUCCGUUUGGAGGCGGCGCGAGACGCGUCGAUUUCGCCAUUUGCAUCGCGGUUAUCCAUCACCUGUCGACGCGCGAGCGGCGCGUCGAGGCCCUGCGGGCCCUACUCGACUGCGUCCGGCCGCGCAGCGGCAAGGUCAUGGUAUACGUCUGGGCGCUGGAACAGGGAACCAGCCGCCGCGGGUGGGACGAGACUGCAGAUCAGGACCAGCUAGUGCCGUGGGUUUUCAAAUCCAAGAAGCAGAAGGCGGGAGGAGAAGAGGCUAGUAAUAAAAAGGAAAACAGCAAUAAUGCCAGCAGCGCUGCGAGCGGCGGGAGUACUACAGGGGUCGCAGAUGCUACGUAUCAACGAUAUUACCAUCUAUACAGAAAAGGAGAGCUGGAAGAAGAUGCCAAGGCAGCUGGAGGCGAGAUUGUAGAGAGCGGCUACGAGAAAGACAAUUGGUGGGUUAUAGCGAGUCCCAGAGAAGAAUACUCGUCGCCGUCUAUAGAAUCUCGAUAGCAACAAAUAGCAAUAGCAAUAUUGCUACUAGUAGUAAUGAUCACGCUGUCAAGUUACACAAGUAGGCAGCCAUGGAACUAAA